GGGGCUGCGGGGCGCGGGGCGCGCGGGCCAGCAGAGCGCUGAGCGGACGGCGCCACCCCGGCCGGGAGCUUGCGGGCGGGCCCACCGGAGCCGCCGGACGCCGCGGGCACAGGGGCGCGGGGCCAUGGAGCCGGGCGCGGCGGCCUUCCUCGGGAUGCUCGUGGUCUGGGCGGUGCGGCCCGGGAGCCAGGCGGCGGCGGGGGAAGCUCAUCACUGUGAUGUCCCGCUGGCGUCCACGUUGCCACGAGAGUCCUUCAGCUGCUCGUCGCAGCUGUCCAGGAGCCAUGGCCCGGGGUUUGCAAGUCUUAAUCGCAGAGAUGGGGCCGGUGGCUGGUCUCCACUUGUGUCAGAUAAAUACCAGUGGCUGCAGGUCGACCUUGGAGAGAGAAUGGAGGUCACAGCUGUGGCCACGCAGGGAGGGUAUGGGAGCUCCAACUGGGUGACCAGCUACGUCCUCAUGUUCAGUGAUGGCGGGAGGAACUGGAAGCAGUACCGGCGAGAAGAAAGCGUCUCGGGUUUUCCAGGAAACACAAACGCGGACAGCGUGGUGCAUCACCAACUGCAGCCUCCCCUGGAAGCCAGGUUCCUGCGCUUCCUCCCCUUAGCCUGGAGCCCCAAGGGCAGGAUUGGGAUGAGGAUAGAAGUGUACGGAUGCACAUACCGAUCCGAGAUGGUUAACUUUGAUGGGAAAAGCUCCUUGCUAUACACGUUUAAUCGGAAAUCUGUGAGUCCAGCAAAAGAUGUUAUUUCUUUGAAAUUUAAAACCAGGCAGACUGACGGGAUUCUACUCCACAGAGAAGGACAAAACAGCAAACACGUCACCCUGCAGUUAGUUAGAGGAAAGCUCAUCUUAUUGCUUAAUUCAGGCCGUGCUAACCUGCCCUCCCCUGACGCCCAUGCAACCCUCACCCUGGGCAGCCUGCUGGAUGACGAGCACUGGCAUUCUGUCCUCAUCGAGCUCGGGAACACACAUGUCCACUUCACUGUGGACAGGCACAGUCAGCAUUUCCAGGCUGAGGGCGAGUGCGACUACUUGGAUCUUGAUUAUAAGAUCAGCUUUGGGGGGAUUCCUGGACAUGGAAAAUCAGUGGCAUUCCCACAAAAAGACUUUCACGGCUGCUUCGAAAAUCUCUACUAUAAUGGAGUGGAUAUCAUUGAUUUGUCCAAGAAACACACACCACAGAUCCUUGUCACGGGAAAUGUGUCCUUCUCGUGCUCACACCCACAAAUUGUGCCUGUGACUUUUCUGAGCUCCAGGAGUUACUUGGCUCUGCCAGGCACCAUCGGAGAGGACAAGGUGUCGGUCACUUUCCAAUUCCGAACGUGGAACAGGGCAGGGCUGCUGCUGACCACUCAAUUCCAACAUGGGCCAGUGGCUCUAGUCCUCGUUCUUAAUGAUGGAAAACUCAGACUGAGUCUCUCCCAGCCCGGACAUCCGGCGAGGGACGUCACAGCAGGUGCUGGAUUAAGUGAUGGACAGUGGCAUUCAGUAUCCCUCUCGUUGAAAGGAAAUCACCUGAAUGUGAUUGUGGAUGGUGAGGCAGCCUCUGUGGCUCACUCCCUGCAUGGGCAGAUUGAUUCAGGGGAGACCUAUUAUUUGGGUGGCUGUCCUGACAACAGCUCUGGCCCUGGAUGCGGAGGUCCCCUGGCCGGGUUUCAGGGCUGCCUGAGGCUCAUCUCCAUUGGUGACCAGGCUGUGGACCCCAUCACGGUACAGCAGGGGUCACUGGGGACUUUCCGUGACCUCCAGAUAGACACCUGCGGCCUCACCGACAGGUGUUUGCCCAGCUACUGUGAACACGGGGGUGAAUGCUUCCAGUCCUGGGACACCUUCAGCUGUGACUGCACGCACACUGGAUACACGGGCGCGACCUGCCAUUCCUCUCUGUUUGCACAGUCCUGUGACGCCCACAGGCACAGAGGGGACUCCUCAGGAUUCUACUAUAUUGACUCAGAUGGAAGUGGCCCGCUGGGACCUGCUCUUGUGUACUGCAACAUGACAGAGGACACCACCUGGACCUCGGUACAGCACAAUGGCUCCCAGCUGGCCAAGGUCAAAACCUCAAAUGGAGAAAGCCCCCAGCCCGUGUUUUUCAAGUACACAGCCAGCCCCGACCAGCUCCAAGCCAUCAUAAACGGUGCGGACGACUGCCGACAGGAGCUGGUCCUGCGCUGCAAGAAGUCGAGGCUUUCAGCUGGCCAUGAUGGAACCCCAGUGAGCUGGUGGGUUGGAAGAACCAAUGAGACACACACUUACUGGGGAGGUUCUCUGCCUGGUGCUCAAAAAUGUGCUUGUGGAUUACAGGGGAACUGCCUUGAUUCUCAAUAUCACUGCAACUGUGAUGCCGCCCGGAAUGAAUGGACCAGCGACACAGUAGUCCUUUCCCAUAAGGAGCACCUGCCAAUCACUCAGGUUGUGAUGAGAGACACAGGGCGACCACAUUCAGAAGCAGCUUAUGCACUGGGGCCUCUGCUCUGCUCGGGGGACAAUUCAUUUUGGAAUUCCGCUUCCUUCAACACUGAGACCUCAUACCUUCACUUCCCUACGUUCCGUGGAGAGCUCAGUGCUGACGUGUCUUUCUUUUUUAAGACUACAGCGCCUUCUGGGGUGUUUGUAGAGAACCUGGGGAUCACAGACUUCAUCAGGCUAGAGCUGCACACUCCUGCAGAAGUGACCUUUUCCUUCGAUGUGGGGAAUGGGCGAUGUGAGGUCACAGUGCGAUCUCCUACUCCCUUUAAUGACAACCGGUGGCACCACGUGAGGGCCGAGAGGAACGUGAAGGAGGCGACCCUUCAAGUGGACCAGCUCCCCAGCAAGACGCAAGCCGCACCCGCGGACGGCCAUGCCCGCCUGCAGCUCAACAGCCAGCUCUUCGUGGGUGGGACGGCCACCAGACAGAGAGGCUUCCUGGGGUGCAUUCGGUCACUGCGGUUGAACGGCCUGGCCCUGGACCUGGAAGAAAGGGCCACGAUGACGCCAGGCGUGGACCCAGGCUGCCCGGGACACUGCAGCAGCUACGGACACCUGUGUCACAACGGAGGGAGAUGUAGGGAGAGACCCAGGGGUAUCACCUGCGACUGUGCCGUCUCUGCGUAUGACGGGCCAUUCUGCAAGAGCGAGAUUUCUGCGUAUUUUGGAACUGGCUCGUCGGUUAUCUACGACUUUCAGGAACAUUCUAACUACACCGCCAGCAAGAACUCAAGCUCCUUUGCAGCUUUACUUCAUGAGGGUUUGACGCUGGCUGGAGAAGUGGCCACGCUGAGCUUCCGGACCACAGGGAUGCCCAGCUUACUCCUCUACGUGAGCUCCUUCUACGAGGAGUACCUGUCCGUGAUCCUCACCCCCAACGGAAGUUUGCAGAUCCGGUAUAAGCUGGACAGGCACCAAGAACCUGAUAUUUUUAACUUUGGUUUUAAAAAUUUCGCUGAUGGGCAGCUUCACCAGGUGACGAUUCACAGAGAAGCGGCGGUGGUCUUUGUGGAGGUUGACCAGAGUGCAAGGAGCCAAGUCGUCCUGUCAUCAGGGACAGAAUUCAAUGCUGUCAAAUCCCUUAUACUGGGGACAAUUUUAGAGCCCCCCGGCGCGGACCCGGACACGCUGCGGGCCGGCUUGCGUGGCUUCACCGGCUGCCUGUCGGCUGUGCGCUUCGGCCCCGCUGCUCCGCUCAAGGCUGCGCUGCGCCCCGGCGGCCCCGUAGCGGUCACAGUCCGCGGACACGUGGCCGCCGCGUCCAGCUGCGGGGAGUCCGCGGGGCCGGGAGGCCCGGCGCGGGAGGCCACCCGCCCUCUCGCAGGUGGUGCAGGUGGUUCUGGACCGACAGACGCGGGAGAGCCCUUAGUUAGCACUGACAGAAGUGGCCCUGCUGUCAUCGGAGGUGUGAUAGCGGUGGUGGUAUUUGUCUUGCUCUGUCUCACCACCAUAGCUGCACGCAUUUAUCAGCAGAGGUGGUUGUACCAAAAAAACGAGUCAACUGUUCCCCCGGCUGGAGACAGCGCUGAGACGGCUCUGAAGAGUGAGCUCAAUGUGCAAAGCUCAGUCAGUGAGAGCCAGAGAGAGUACUUCUUUUGAAGGGCAGCGGCGGUUCACUUUAGGCUCUGGUGAUGGGACUUUCUCGCUAAGCAAGGGGCUCCCAGCAGACGAAGCCCCCCCCCCCCGCACCCGCCAGACAGGUGGCAAUCCUGCAGUGCCAUCAGCUUGCUCAAGUGCGGUCCUGGGAGGCUCUGCUCUGUGCUGCUUCAUGACCUGUGUGUGUAGAAGGACUCAGCUGUGCCCAUUAACCCCUGUGCGGCGGUGUUUGACGGUCUGGCCACAUUGUUGAAAAUUCACACGUGGUUUGCAUAAUGACUUUGGGUUUGAAGUGAGAACAAGGAUGUGAGCUGUGGUCCUACUCUCUUAAAAAUGAGACCUGGAAGUUUAUAAAAGUCAAAGUUGGACUCUAGUGUUGUGUGAUGUGUGGAAAUCUGUGUUUUGCCUCCUUUAUCGAUCACCUGCAGAUGCUUCUAAGCCGGGAAGUGCUUCUUUGAUGGUCUUGGAGUGCGUUUCUAUCUCCGUGUGAACCAGAGCCCACAGGCCAAAAGUGCACUAGCAACCAAGAAAAAAACACUUUUUUUUCUUUUGCCAAUUGUUUUUAUUAUCUGUCUCUUUUUAGUCAGUUUGCAUACAUUUUUAGUGAUGAAAUGAAUAAUGAAUUUCAGCUAUGAAAUUGUAGUAUUCGGUUCAUUUAAGGAACAGAAAAAUUCAUAGGUAGCAAAGCGUGUAGAGCAUUCUAGUUUGUGCUACUUUGCUUUUUUCUCUUUGUAAUUCACCAUUUUAAUCUUUGUAAAUUAUGAUAAAGAUCAGCUGACGAUCUCCCCAACAUGUGUAUUUUCUAACUGAAGUAGUGCCCAGGUAUAAACUCUGUCCUUAACACUGCAUAUGUAUCCUUCCUCCCUUUCAUCAGAAUGAACUUAAUCCUAAAUUUGUUUCUUUCAAAUGUGGGGUGCUAAGGUCAGGAUUCUUUGCAGCCUUGUGGUUCUCUUGUUCUGAAGGUUGUCAUAACAACUGGAUGUCUUGUGACUAUCUUUUCAUUUACUUGGGGAAAGCCCUGUUUUGAACAAAAGCUCUCCAUUUCUUUUUUUUUUAAUUUAUUUUUUAUUUAUUUUCGGCAUAACAGUAUUCAUUAUCUUUUCACCACACCCAGUGCUCCAUGCAAUCCAUGCCCUCUAUAAUUCCCACCACCUGGUACCCCAACCUCCCACCCUGCCCCCGCCACUUGAAACCUGUCAGAUUGUUUUUCAGAGUCCAUAGGCUCUCAUGGUUCACCUCCCCUUCCAAUUUCCCCCAACUCCCUCCUCCUAAUUCCCCAUGUCCUCCAUGCUAUUUGCUCUCCAUUUCUUUUAUCUAAAUUCCGAGCAAUUUAGACAAGUCAUCCCCUGAAAUACCGUCUCAGUCUAGUCACUGUUUGGAAUGUCGGGGGAAGGGUGCUGAUGCCAGGGGAAGUGCAGGUUGUGGGAUCUGGACCCAAUCUAUCACGCUGGUCAGGAUCCAGGAUCUCGGGAGUCACAGUCUUCCACCAGAGCGCCCAGAAUUCACCAGUUCAUUUCAUAUUCGGGGCACAAAGAAUUUGUAUUAACCACAGGAAUUGUUCCAGUAACGACUUUUGUGGUAGGGGUCAGAGGAUAAUUGCACGGAGCUGACCAUUUGCACUUACUAGCCAUUUCUAAGUGAAAUGUGCUACGGUCUUGAUAAGCCACCUGCCACGUGCCUGUCAGGAAUCACGCUGCUUCCUUUGACCACAACAGGACCACCCAGAACUCCAUACCCUGAGCCUUGCUAUGACCUUUAAGUAUAUGCCUAUUUUUCUGAUUUUUUUUAAACAAUAGAAAAAGAUAUUCUCUGUACUAAGUGUUUUCUCAAAACAAAACAAAACAGGGGCGCCUGGGUGGCUCAGUGGGUUAAGCCACUGCCUUCAGCUCAGGUCAUGAUCUCAGGGUCCUGGGAUCGAGUCCCGCAUUGGGAGCCUGCUUCCUCCUCUCUCUGUCUGCCUCUCAGUCUACUUGUGAUUUCUGUCUGUCAAAUAAAUAAAUAAAAUCUUAAAAAACAAAACACAAAAAAACAAAAAACCAAACACCAACCCUUUUUUCUUAUGGUUUCAUUUUAGUUUUCUAUGAGGUUUGACGAGUCACCACAAUAUAUGAUCUCAUAGUUUCUGUGGAUCAGGAGCUGGGCACAGGUUUACCGUGUUUUCUGCAAGGCUGCUUUGAGGCAUCACCCAGGACUGUGUCCUCAGCUGGGGAAGUCCUCGGUCUUACAGUUAUGGGCAGCAUUCCAUUCCUCCUGCUGGGAUAUUCCUGGAAGCCUGCUUCUGCUCAAGACCAGCAAGAGAGAGAGAGAGAGAGAGAGAAAGAGACUCUAGAGCAAGUCUGCUAACAAGAGGGAGUUUUAUACACUGUAAUGUGAUGAUGGGAGUGACAGCCCAUCCCCACUGCCAAAUUCAGUUGAUUAGAAGCAAGUCCUAGGUCCUGCCCACACUGAAGAGGAGGGGAUCACAGAAGGACUCGAACCAGCAGGCUGAGAUCAUGGGAGUCACGUGAAGGUUAAUCUACCACAGUACUAUAUUGAACUUUCUUUAAGUGAAGAAUGAAGGAUUUCCAGGGUCUCAAUAGGGUAAUAUAUGAAGAACCUACUUUGCUGAAGGAUACAUACUUUCCCCCACCCCCCAAAAGUCUUAUGCAGAGUGAAGGAUUCAGCACAAAAAUGAUAGAUUCUAGUUAAUGCACAGCUGACUGUUAACACCCUGAAAUCACUACGACUUUAACAAAUGAUCACGGUAAGUUCUGGAAAUGUUCCUCACUUUGGUAGCUGGCAUUUUGCAGAUUUAUAGAUCAUGAAAUUUACUGUAUUCUGCUCUCUUUUUAAAAGAGAAAACAAAAUAUUUGUACAAAACUGCAGUGACAAAUCACCCACUUUACUGAUUUGUAAAUUUUACCUGCUUAUUUGUUAAUGAAAUAACCUUUUUGAAUUAAAUUAGGAAAAUAUUUUUAAGAGAAAUCAAAUGCAAUUUGAACUAUGAAACUAUAUUGUUUUUCUCCUAAAAUAUUAAAAAUUGUGCAAAUGCA